AGAUUAUUAUAAUAAUAAAAUGGCCAACACACUUGAACAAUUGAAGAAGCUCACCACUGUUGUAGCUGAUACUGGAAAUUUUGAAGCGAUCGAUCAGUAUAAGCCAACUGAUGCUACAACCAAUCCUUCCUUAAUUCUUGCUGCCAGUCAAAUGAAACAGUAUGAACAUCUAGUGAAAGAAGCGGUUAAAUCAGCUAUAGUAGAAGCAGGUGAUGAAAAUGAGCAAGUUACAUUAGCUAUCGAUAAAUUGUUUGUUAAAUUCGGAAUGGAAAUUUUGAAAGUUGUACCUGGACGUGUAUCUACAGAAGUUGAUGCAAGGUUGUCGUUUGACAAGGAAGGACAAAUUGAGAAGGCCAAGAAAUUGAUUUCUAUGUACGAGAAGGAAGGAAUUGAUAAAUCGCGUGUUUUAAUCAAGUUGAGUUCCACAUGGGAAGGAAUUCAAGCAGCUAAGGUUUUAGAAGCCGAUUUUGGAAUUACAUGUAAUUUGACGUUACUUUUCGCUUUUGCACAGGCUGUAGCUUGUGCUGAAGCUAAUGUAAAUCUCAUCUCUCCAUUCGUUGGUCGUAUAUAUGACUGGUACGUGAAAAGUACUGGACAGAAAACAUUUGCACCGAAAGAAGAUCCAGGUGUGAAAAGCGUCACAGCUAUAUACAACUACUACAAAAAGUUUGGUUACAAAACUAUUGUAAUGGGUGCAUCAUUCAGAAAUGUAGAUCAAAUUAAAGCUUUGGCUGGUUGUGACAACCUCACUAUAUCGCCGAAAUUGUUAGAUGAGUUGACCAAAUCAACUGACCCGUUGCGGAAAGAAUUGUCUGUAGAAGCAGCUCAAGCGCUUGAACUGGAGAAGAUUUCAUUGGACGAGAAGCAAUUUCGAUGGCUGAUGAAUGAAGAUGCCAUGGCAACAGAAAAACUUUCUGAAGGCAUUCGAAAAUUUGCUGAAGAUGCUGUAAAAUUGGAAACUCAUUUACGAGAAUUAAUCAAGGCUGCAAAGUGAAAACUGACCUUAUUUAUAAUCACGUGACAUAGCCACGUGCGUAGGCAUUGAUUUCGUUUUGGAAUAGCUUCUGAUUAUUAAUAUUUGUAAUGACUGCAUAAAUGUAAAGCUUAUUUAUCUUUAUUUUAUAUUUUUUAUUGCAAUAGACUUACAGUUUGUUAAA